UGGCUCGGAGUGGGCGCUUUUCUGCUCUGCGUGCGCAGCGUCUUCAGCUUCUCAGUGGCGGGGCAGGAGGGCACAUGCGAGGCGAACGGCUCGGUGUACUACGUGGGUGAGUGGUACUUCUUGGACUCGGAACACUGCACGCAGUGCGAGUGCACAGGAGGAGCGGCGUGCGCGCGCACCGAGUGCACCGCGCUGCCCGCCUGCAUCCACGUGAGCCGCUACCCGAGCGACUGCUGCGCGCGCUGCGAGAGGAUCGGCUGUGAGUACCGCGGUGAGGUGUACGACCUCGGGCAGAAGUUCCAGAUCUCUGAAUGUGAACAGUGCACCUGUGACAACGAUGGCAUCGCCAGGUGCCUAGUGGCGGACUGUGCCCCCCCUGCAUGUGUGAACCCGGUGUUUCAAAGUGGGAAGUGCUGCCCAGACUGCAAAGAUGGCCCCAAUUGCUACGUGGACGAAUCUCGGACACAGAUAAUCCCCGGAGGCGAUUCAGUGUGGGUGGAUUCCUGCACCAAAUGCCGAUGCCAUGACGGACAGGAUGCUGGCUAUUGGGAGGGCAACCGAGUGGCCACAUGCACCCGCCUUCGCAACUGCACAGUCAGCGAGGGGCAAAACUAAAACUCUUACACUCUCCAGAAGCAGAACAUGAAGCACAGAAGGGCCUGCAGAGCAAGCUGAAGACAGCUUGUACCCCUGUAGCUGAUUGUAUCUUCUUGUACAAUUACAUACUGAAGUCUGUCUUUAGUAACGUGCCCAGGUUUGAGGUUAGAUGUUAAAUGACAUGGCUGAAUGUCACAUUGGCCUUCUACAUGAUGUUCUCAAAUUAAGCCCUAGUAUGUAGGCUGCAUUGAGGGCCUAUUUAAACGACUAUACAUGCAAAUACAAAACCAACAGGAAUAGCUUUGUUGCACAGUAUUUGUUGUUGAUUAGUUAGUAAAUAUAUAAAAAAUAAUUUCUGGCCUUCUGUAGGUUUUACACAUUGUUUAGUAACUAUUAGAUGUAAGAUGUAUGUAUUGGGUGCUAUAAAUGUAAAAUAAGUCUUAUUUUUUUGGAAUAUUGUUUAGACUCAGGUACAGAUCUGUACAAUACUUUAAACAAUGCAUAUAUACCGUAUAUAAAGCUAGAACUGUUAUUGGUUUGUAUUAUACAGUAUACUGUCCUGUAUUUCCUGCAUCACAUCAGGUGAUGUUUUAUGCCUGUUAAUGGUUACAUACAAAUACAUUUUUUAUAUAUUUACAGGGAAAAAAAAAAAUCAGAGCAAUAUUCAAGAAACUAAAAAUUAUUCCGAACAUGAUUCAACCUGUGCCUUUAACUAUGAGCCAAUCGAUAAACGGCUUUUAUUUAUUUAUUUUCAACAGAGCUGAUGCACAUAUUUUUGUUUAUAUAACAAUAACAUUUAUUAUUCACUUAUAGAAUACAUUAUCACUUGAGUAUAAUCUAAAAAAUGGUUUCAAGCAUGUGGUUCCUGGAAAAAGAAAAAUCCUAUGCAGGCAUGGAAGCAACUAAUAAAGUUAUCAUUUUUAUUAGAA